AUGACGGCACCCGUCUCCUUUGCCCCUACUACGGAUACCAUGGACCGCCGUGGCUAUGGUAUUACCAAGACCAAGAAGACAACCUCUACUGGUGGUGGACGGGCAUGGAGCGAGGAGGAGGAAGCAUAUCUCAUCAAAACUCGGAUGCAAAAAAUGCCAUACAAGCACAUUGCUGCCCACCUGAAGAAGACGGAGCUUGCCUGCCGCCUGCACUUCCAUCAGCUCAGCCAUGGCAGCAACCGCCGGAAGCGCACAUCUUCACUGUCUUCUCACGGUUCCAACCAGUCACCUCCCAUGCGUGGCGCUGAUGCAUCACCGGCUCGCGAGCUUGAUGCCGCGCCCAGCCGCUCGGUGUCGCCUUCAGGGUCAACGUAUUCCUACAGCUCCACCAGCCCGAACGCUGUUCAGCUUCCUAGCAUCAUGUCCACGACUAGCUCAACCAACACAUCGCCUCGUCUGCCAGCCAUUCUACCCAAGCCAGCCGCCAUGAGCCUGGGCUUGUCUGCCAUGUCUCGUUCUACUAGCAGGUCUACAUCCCCCGCAUCAUCACACGCCUACACGUCAUCCCUACAUCCUCACAGUACCACCUCUGGAUACCGAUCCACACCGACCAGUUCUCAUGGAUCGCUUCGUCUGGAUUGUUCCGCCUUGCCACGGCUGCCUACUUCGGCAGCUACCCCAGUGGCCUUUUCUUCCAGCCAGCCGGUCGAUAUGAACCGACUCUCUGCAGUGUACAAUGCACGCCGGGCGUCCUUCUGGGCCUCGGUAGCGGCUGAUUAUGGCAACGGAGUCAGCCCGACGGUGUUGGAGCAAGCAUGGCGCAGAGGAAGCAACAGUGGUCAGACACCCGUCACUCCUGUUGGAAGUCCAGAUGAUCAGGUCUAUACGCUCCCUCAAAUCAAAUCUGACAAGACUAGGAUCAGCGCCAUUCUAGGUAUCGAUGCUAACCCCAGGAGUCCGCGGGAGCGGGAGAUGGUGAGGAGGUUGGAGGAGGAGAGGUGUUCUGUUGGCAUGGUUGGCGCAUGA